AUGAGCUUUGCAGGUUCCCUUCUCUUAACUGGCGUUGGUGCCAUGGUUUACAAAUUUGAUCGCAAUCAAAUCUUUAAGAAGUGUCCUGAUAAUCGACUCGGUGAUAAAAGUUAUAAGAAAAAAUACGAAUCUACUACUGCAAGGGCAUUUAAUGUGGUGGGAAAUUUUUUCAACGAAUUUUUUAAUGGUUCAUCAUUCUUGUAUCCUUUGGCAGGUGUCAGGUUUUUCUUCAAUAAUUCAAAAGAGCUUUCGUUUCCCAUAUUAGGAAUUUUUGCAUUGUAUCUUUUGAUGUAUUCCAUUGUGAGUAUUGUUUAUUGGUCCACUAUCACCCCCGUUUACACCGCACUUUUCGCGAUUUUUGGUCCACCAGGUUUAUUGGUUGCAUGGGUUCAUGCGAUCUUACAAGCCAAUUUACUCACGAUGAUGUUCAUGAGACUUUGUCAUUUUAAUAACAACUUGAUUACCAUUACUAUCAAGAGUUCUGGUUUCAAAAAGGGUUUUAAUAAAAGACCCAUAAAAUAUUACGUGCCGAUCAAUACUGUACAUUUUUGGACCUUUCAUCUCCCAUGGAAAUUUUUCAAGUACUUUAUGGGAUUUUUAACUCUGGUCGUUUUAUUAGUUAUAUCUUCCAUCCCAUUAAUUGGUCCACUACUAUUCAAUUUCCUCGUCUCACCGUUCAUUGCAAAGGUUUACUUUUCAAAGAUCCUUAGAAUGAAAGGUUUGAGUAAUACGGCAAGAAGUGAUGAAUUUUUUGAUCAUUAUGGUCAGUACUGUGCAUUUGGUCUGACCGCUGGCUUUUUAGAGAACUUACCGAUCGUGUCAGGAUUCACAUUAUGCACAAAUACUAUUGGCGGGGCCCUGUGGGGCAUAGAUAGAGAUUUAUCCCGUGAAUAA